AUGAGAGUGUUGAAAUUGAAGGGGAAACAUGCCAUCACCACCGCCCGAACUAAUUAAUCAUCUCCGCCGUCCGUACAUCCACUGAGCCGUCGUUUUAUGGAAUCGUCACCGCCCGAGACCACCGUUUUGCCCACUGAGUCGACCAGGAUCGCAGGGUAAGUUACUCAGUAGCUCCGUCAGAAGACACUGAUAUUGUUCCGUAGUUGAGAGGGGUAAAUAAAUAAUGAGGACGAGCCUCUUCAGCCGUCGGACGAUAAGGCAGGGAGCGGUUUUCGCCGCCGGAUCGGCGAAGAUAAAGCUAAUGCUGGCCUGUUGUCUCCUGUUAACGUUAAUUGCGUUCUCGGGCCGUACGCCGUCGUUUAUUGGGUGGAACCAGUACGCCGCUCCUCUCCCCCGAUCUUCUCUCCCCCGGAGAGGAUACUCGUUAUUGAUUAACACUUGGAAACGAAACGAUCUUCUAAAGCAGUCUAUAUCACAUUACGCAUCGUGUCCCGGCCUUGAUUCUGUGCAUAUUGUGUGGAGCGAACCCGACCCCCCUUCAGAAUCUCUGAUCAAAUUUCUUAACCAUGCUAUAAGAUUGAAUUCGAAAGAUGCUCGUGAAAUCGAGUUGAAAUUUGAUAUUAAUAAGGAAGACAGCUUGAAUAACAGGUUUAAAGAAAUCAAGGACUUGAAAUCGGAUGUCGUCUUCUCAAUUGACGACGACAUUAUAUUCCCCUGCACAACGGUUGAGCUUGCUUUCAGCGUCUGGCAAAGUGCACCAGAUACAAUGGUGGGAUUUGUGCCUCGUGUUCACUGGUUGGACAAAUCGACAGGCAAUCAGGACACGUAUGUUUAUAGUGGAUGGUGGUCUGUAUGGUGGACAGGAACAUAUAGUAUGAUUCUCUCGAAAGCUUCCUUCUUUCAUAAGAAAUAUCUGAGUAUGUACACUUACGAGAUGCCAUCAUCCAUUCGAGAAUAUGUGACCAACAACAGGAAUUGCGAAGAUAUUGCAAUGUCUUUCCUUGUAGCAAAUGCAACCGGUGCUCCUCCUAUUUGGGUGAAAGGUAAUAUUUUUGAGAUUGGUUCAACUGGAAUAAGUAGCUUGGGAGGUCACAACGAAAGGAGAACACAUUGUGUUAAUUGGUUUGCAGGUGAGUAUGGACGUAUGCCUUUGGUAUCCACUUCUGUCAAGGCCGUAGAUAGCCGUUUUUGCUGGUUCUGGUGAUUAUUUUUCCACUCGUUUUUUGUUACUUUGUCGUUAUUACGAUUCUUGUUAGCUCCCACGCUUGUAGUUUGAUUGUAUCUAGUAGUUAUUAUCAACUGGUUGUAGGAAAAGAAUUAUCAUGUUUGAAUUAGGUUCUUAUACUCGUUGUACUGUUGUAUUUCGUGAUGUAAUUUUAAGGGUUGUUGAAAGGUGCCUUGGGUUGUGCUUUUAAAAAACAGGGCGGGUUCGGAUUGCAUAAUGUGAGAACAUGUAUCGAAUGUUCAACGUUAUGAAUGUUAUUAGUUUAUAGCAUAAC